GCUCCACAGCGUAGAUUUUAUUUUCCUCACUUUACAGGUGAUAAGAAAUAAGAGAAUGGAAAUUUGUCUGUGGUUUUAGCGCUGCUUAAACCGCUAAACUCAGAAUCCCCCAGGAAACCUACCCGAUGCUGUCUCCGCCCCGCCCUCCCAUUCCUUGGCGGAGGUUUCUGGAACUAGGUAACAUUUCCUUUUUUUUUGUCUUCCCAACUCGCUUUAAAACAGAGUAAAGCCGGGAUCCUUUGGCUGACACAUCUCGGGGUACAGGGCCCCGCGGGCCUCAGGGCGGGCGCUCUCUCCUGUCUUCCUCCUCGGCAGGAGCACGGGGCGGAGCAGGAGCUAAGAGUCCACGCCCCGCCACCCGCCCGGGCUCACUCACUCGACGCGCAGACGGCGCGGACACCGGACCUGACCUCCUGAAGCGCAGCGGUCCCAGCCGGCCCCCACCUCCAGGUGCCGACCGCGCUGUUCCAGCGGGGCGAGGAAGCCCAGGCCACGUAGCUAGACGCGCGCAGCACGGUGGGGCCCACGGAGCCGGGCGCGGUGAGCGCUGGGAGGCCGCUCCGCGGCCCGGUCUCCCCGAGCACUACGAGCUUUGUCUCCGGACACCCCGCUCCCCCGCGUCAAGCUCGGGCGCCCUCCCCCAGGGCGCCCCAGUGAGGCUGCUGCUAAGUCGGAGUACUUCCUGACUGUCUCAUCGCUGCUUCUUCCAGCACCUCGGCCUCGGGAAGUUUGCCGCGAAAACGAAAGUAAAUAACUCGGUCUGUCUGCCAAGUAAAUCAGAGACAUCAGUAUACUUCUCCCUAGAUCUUUCAGCAUGCACACCACUAACUAGAGGGCACAGCUCUGAAGGGGAAACUUAAAGGUGGUGUACUUUUGAGCAUUUUGAGCAUUUGGAAGGAAAGCAGACAUGUCUUUGGAUGACAUUAAGAUGAAAUCUAGUGACUUCCUGGAGAAGGAGCAUCUGGACAGCGGGGGCUUCGGAAAGGUGUCUUUGUGUUUACACAGAUCCCAUGGACUCGUAAUACUGAAAAAGGUGUACACAGGACCCAAGCGCACUGAGUACAAUGAGUCCCUCCUUGAGGAGGGCAAGAUGAUGCACAAGCUCAGACAUCAGCGGGUGGUGAAGCUCCUGGGUAUCAUCAUAGAAGAAGGAAACUACUCUCUCGUUAUGGAGUAUAUGGAAAAGGGCAACCUGAUGCAUGUGCUGAAAACUGAGAGCAGUAUCCCCCUCUCUGUAAAAGGAAGGAUAAUUAUGGAGACCAUUGAAGGAAUGCGCUAUUUACAUGGAAAAAAUGUAAUACACAAGGAUCUAAAGCCUGAAAAUAUCCUCGUUGAUGAUGACUUUCAUAUUAAGAUAGCUGAUCUUGGUGUUGCUUCCUUUAAAACAUGGAGUAAGCUGACUAAAGAGGAAGAUAACAAACAGAGGAAAGUGAAUAGUUCUUCAAAAAAAAAUGGUGGCACCCUAUAUUACAUGGCCCCUGAGCACCUGAAUGACAUCAAUGCAAGGCCCUCGGAGAAGUCAGAUGUGUACAGCUUUGCCAUAGUACUUUGGGCAAUAUUUGCACAUAAGGAGCCAUAUGAAAAUGCUAUCUGUGAGCAGCAGUUGAUAAUGUGCAUUAAAUCUGGGAACAGGCCAGAUGUGGAAGACAUCAUUGAGAACUGUCCAAAGGAGAUUAUCAAUAUCAUGAAGCAAUGCUGGGAAGCGAAUCCAGAAGUUCGGCCAACAUUUGCUGGCAUCGAAGAAAAUUUUAGGCCUUUUUAUUUAUCUCAAUUAGAAGAAAAUGUAGAAGAAGAUGUAAAGAGUUUAAAGAAAGAGUAUCCUAGCCAAAAUGAAAUUGUGAAGAGAAUGCAAUCACUCCAAAUGGAUUGCGUAGCAAUACCGCCAAGCAGGUCAAAUUCAGCCACGGAACAGCCCAGUUCGCUGCAUAGUUCACAGGGACUCAGGAUAGGUCCCGUGGAAGAGUCCUGGUUUGCUCCCUCCCCAGAGCACCAGCAAGAGGAGAAUGAACUCAGCCUGCAGAGUAAACUCCAGGAGGAAGCCAACUACCAUCUUUUUGGCAGCCGCAUGGAUGGACAGACAAAACAGCAACCCAGACAGAAUGUGGCUUACAAUAGAGAAGAGGAAAGGAGACGAAGAGUCUCUCAUGACCCUUUUGCACAGCCAAAACCUUAUGAGAAUGUUCAGAACCCAAGGAUAAAAGGCCUUGCUUCUUCCAGUGCAACCAGUCAUGGUAAUGCAGUACACCAACCAACUGGGCUGACCAGCCAACCCCAAGUAGUAUACUGGAACAAUGGAUCUUAUAGUCCACAUGGUUUUGGAACAAGACCAUUGGAUCUGGGAACAGUAGGUUCCAGAGUUUGGUAUGGGCCAACUCCAAGCCAUAUGCCAAGCCUGCAUAAAAAUCCAGUGCCUGAGACCAACCUACUGGGAAACCUACCCACCAUUCCAUUCAUCUCUCUGCCAUCAAGAGAUGAGUCUGUAAAAUGUUCCAUAUACAACAGUGCUGGCAUUCAGAUUGGAGACAAUAAUUAUAUGGAGGUUGGCGAAAGGAGUUCUCUGUUACUGGACAGCACAUACACGAAUUCAAAAGAAGAGUCAAUUUCGAAGUACCUAGAUAUCUUUGGUAAUACUACUAGUCUGACCGAUAAACACCUGGACCCAGUCAGGGAAAAUCUAGGAAGGAGCUGGAAAAUAUGCGCACGUAAAUUGGGCUUCAGUGAAUCUCAGAUUGAUGAAAUUGACCAUGACUAUGAGCGAGAUGGAUUAAAAGAAAAGGUUUACCAGAUGCUCCAAAAAUGGCUGAUGAGGGAAGGCAAUAAGGGGGCUACAGUGGGAAAGUUGACCUAUGCCCUCUACCAGUGUUCAAGAACAGACCUUCUGAACGCUUUGGUAUACAUCAGCCAGAACUAAUUCUAGAAGGGGCUUUGGCAGCAUGGAGUAAAUCACUUAAUGAGUAAUCCACUGAAAGUGUGCUGCUUCAGAUCAUCCAGAAUUCUUUCCUCACUGAUAUGGGUUCUGUAUCUGCAUAAAAGUCAUUUCCUGCAGCUCACAACUGGAGAAUGGUGAAAAAAUCUACAGCAAACAACCCACAAAACAGGAAGACUUGUUAAUGGCUGAGCCCCAACCAAAAAAGCCUAAUUGGGUUUUGAAAGGGAAAGAAGAGAGAUUUGAGGACAAUCAUUUAAUUUCAGUUCUUCCCAUAACCUUCAUUUAUGCUGUUCAUUCAGUUUCCUGGACUUUUAUUUGAGCGAGAAAAAAAUUCAGUGAAUGUAAACUAAAUCAACUUUCUUAUUUUGUGUUCUCUUCUCUACACAGACUCCUGUUAUAAUGAAAGUACAGAAAAAUUUUAAGUUCUCUUUAUUUUUUUUUUUUUUUGUGUGUCACAACUACAGUUUAUUAUAAAUUAUAGGACCUAUUAACUUGAGUAUCAAAUGCUGUAUCAGUCACUACAGGCUUCAAGAAAUGCAUGCAAUCUUCAUAAACUAACUAGAGAUUUUAAGGAGUACUAAGAAGGGGCAAAAAAAAAAAGCGAAAAUAUCAGGUACUUGUUGCAAGAAAUUACUAAUUGUGACAACUAUAAAAAUUCUUGAUUAAAAUUUUAAGUUCUUGCUUAGCAUUCUGAUACUUUAUUCACUUUCUCAACCUGUGUGCCCAGAAGAGGGAGCCAGGUAUUAAGGGAAUAUUCUCUUCAUCCCGGCUAUGACUGGAACCUCAGGGCUGAUCACUGUUGAACAGCUUCUUAGUUUACCCCAAGAUACUGUAGAAAUAUUUUCAUUUUUUUUUUCUGUGAGUGAUGAUGUAAAAAAAAAGAUAGAUUUGGAGUUGGGUUGUUAUGCCUAGCACUCAAACUUUCAAAGCCCACCUGAAACUCAGGAAGAAACUAGAAGACUGCAAGACUGAAGUCAACCAUCGGGAUCACUGCCAGCACUUUGCUAAACAGAGAGGGUAUGCUGUUGUGCUUAGCCUUCCCAGGAGGAAAGGAAAGAAGGGUGCAGUGUGGGCAAUCUGGCUGUCAGAACAGAUUCUAGUGUUUGGUGGGUGAUAACAGUAUUGUUGGUCUGACCCUAAAUUUCCAGCCCCAGCAGACACAUCCCACCCACCCACCCCAGAAGUGGGACUGUAAAGCAGAAUUUCUCAACCUCAGCACUGUUAGCAUCUUGGCUGGAUGCUUCUUUGUUGUGGGGGACUCUCCUGUGCAUUGAAGGUUGUUUGGAAGCAACCCUGGCCUCUACCCAGUAGAUUCCAGUAGCACUAUUCUCCCUGUCCCCCAUCCCCAGUUGUGACAAAAAUUGUCAGAUGUUCCCUGGAAGGGCAAAAUUGUCUGCGUUGAGAAAAGCACUGCUAUAAUGAACCUCUCGGUUCUCUUGCCGCACAUAUCUAGGCUCAAUACUUAAUUGCCACAUAGCAUUAGAUUACAUAAACCAAAAGGAAGACUGGAGGGGAAAGGGGUCCCCUGCUACCAAGCAGGGGCUGGAUGAUUUUUUUUCUAAAUGUAUCUCUUGUACCUAUGUCCUAGCAGUGUUACUAAAAUUCCAAAGAGAUUGAUCAAUGUUAAGAAGCAAAAAUGGAAAGUAUUUUAAUGGACUUUUUAAAAAUAAAAUUUUGUACCUUAGAUAUAA